UUUCUCCUAAAUCUAAACCACAGUUUAUCGGCCUCUCCCUUCAAAUUCUCACCACAUUAUUACCCAGAAAGUUAUAUACCGUAACAUCAAUAGAUUCCCCUCUAUAUGGUUCUCUUGAUUUAGAUACUAAUGAACUUCGAUUGAGUUGGUCCAAGCCCAUAUGUGGGAGGUGUGAAGAAAUAGGCAAGUAUUGUAGACUGAGGAGGAGGAAUAAGAGCAACAACAGCAGCAGGAAACAUGAUGAAAUUGAAUGCUUUGACAAUAACAUACAUAGCCCACCACCAAUUACUACUGUGUUGUUUAAAAUUGCAGGUGUGAUACCACCUUGCUUGAUUCUUCUUCUUGUAGUCACGGUCACAAUAUAUUUUGUCCACAGAUCAAAUAAAUUAAAGAAAGAGGAUCAAGUAAAAAUUGAAAUUUUUUUGGAGGAUUACAUAACUCUCAAGCUUACUAGAUACACUUAUGCCGAGAUUAAGAAAAUUACUAACAAUUUUAAGGAAAAACUAGGCCAAGGAGGUUAUGGAACAGUGUACAAGGGAAAACUUUCCAAUGACAUCCACAUUGCAGCCAAGAUCCUCAACGAUGUCAAGGGGAAUGGGGACAACUUCAUCAAUGAAGUGGGAACAUUAGGUAGAAUCCACCACAUCAAUGUGGUUCGCCUAGUCGGAUAUUGUGCUGAUGGAUUUAAAAGAGCUCUCGUUUAUGAGUACUUGCCAAAUGAUUCGUUAGAGAGGUUUAUAUCAUCUAAUCAGGAAAAAUGUUCACUUGGUUGGGAGAAGCUACAAGGUAUUGCUCUUGGCAUAGCCAAAGGUAUUGAAUAUCUUCAUCAAGGGUGUGAUCAAAGAAUCCUUCAUUUCGAUAUUAAACCUCAUAACAUCUUGUUGGACCACAAAUUCAAUCCCAAGAUCUCUGAUUUUGGUCGAGCCAAGUUGUGUUCGAAAGAACAAAGUGCUAUAUCCAUGACUGCUGCUAGGGGCACCAUAGGCUAUAUUGCACCUGAAGUGUUCUCUAGGAACUUUGGGAACGUGUCAUACAAGUCAGAUGUCUACAGUUUUGGAAUGUUGUUGCUUGAAAUGGUUGGAGGGAGGAAGAAUACCCAUGUUACAACACAGAAUACAAGCGAAGUUUACUUCCCCGAAUGGAUCUAUAACCGUUUAAAUCAUGAAGAAGAACAGAGGAUCGUGAUUGCGGAAGAUGAAGAUGCUAAGAUUGUGAAGAAAAUAACAAUUGUGGUGUAG